AUGGAAGUGCCCACCUCUGAAAUACUUAAACCUAUUCCUGAUCUCGGUCAAGAGUCUUCAGACCCUAAGAUUGUCAUUGCCUUAUUUGAAAGUGGAUCAUUCCCCGUCUCCUGGAGUUUUCUCCCUUCCUUAAAUAAUAGUUGCCAUCAAGAAAUUGAACAACAGACUGCAAAGAAGUUUGAAAAUCUCUUCAAAGAAAUGAAAGAUACUCUUAACUCUAUGACAAGGUAUGAAAAGGAGAUUGAAGAAAUGAGAGAAUCAUCUGAGGAAACAGAUAUCUCUGAGAAUGUGUCAGAACUUAAAGAAAAAAUCAGAGGACUUGAUAAAAUAAAUAAAAUGCUAUUGAAAAGCCUGCUUGGUUGUCCAGACCUAGAUGAAGACCAGAAUGCGGAGAAACAGGAGAUGAUAUUGGAAAACCAGAACUCAAAGGACGCAGUACAAGGUUUGGCAAGAGAUUUGGUAAGUCAUUCAGAAGGAAGAAGAACUGUUAAUGAGACUCAAUUAAGUAAGGAAAAAGCAGAAUACAGAUUCUGUCAUUUUCAAGAAGAAAAUAUCAAACUUAGGAACAACAUGGAGCAGUUACUGCAGGAAGCAGAACACUGGAGCGUGCAACAUGCUGAGCUUAGUGAACUAAUAAAAUUGUAUCAGAAAUCUCAGAAUGACAUAAGAGUAACUCUUGGAAGUCAUGGAGUCCAUUUCCAAACUCAACUGAAUAACAAAGUAUCAGCUAAUUAUGAACUGGAGGCACAGAUAAGGAAACUGAACCAUGACAGGUACUCAUUACAUUUGAUUACAGCUUUGCUGGAGAAUGAAUGCCAAAUCUUACAGCAGAGAGUAGAGCUUCUCAAGGAACUCUAUUAUCAGAAAGAUGCAACUCUGCAAGAGAAGCCAAUCUGCAUAAACUAUGAACAGGACAAGAAAGAACAGAAGCUACUAGAAGCAGAGAAGGUAGAAAGGUAUAAGCAGAAAGAGCAAGACAUGGAAGGGACAUUUCAGAACAGAGGCAAGUUCCAUAGGACCCUGGAUUCUUGUCGUAAUAAGAAAGCUCGUAAUAACAGAUUUAAUACUCGUCUUGCAAGAACGCUUUUGGGAAAAAAGAGAUUCAACAGCCUAAGAUAG